UCUCUCUCCGGCAGCAUGCCAGCUGUUUUCCUCUUGCUGCGCUCUCUGGUUGUCAGUCUCUUCAGUAGCAGAUUAGCAGCUUCUGCCGCGCAGCUCCUUCGCAGAAGCCAGACGGCGGCUGCUGGGCACCUCGGCAUCAUCCUGCGCCACAUUUGGGAGCGAAUCAGUUCCCAGGAGUCCAAGGAGGCCAUCCUGGGCUGCGUCCUGUGCAUUCUCAACAUGCCCAAGAAGGUGGACAACUAA